UACUUUCCAGGUCCAAACCAAAACUUUAAUCAUUUCUACAAAGUUUAGUGAGAUCACAGUCGAAACAACCCUAAAUCGCACUCUUUUUCCACCGGAAAUAUGUCAUCUAAAACCCUAAUUCGCACCGGAGCAUCCUUAAUGAACCUCAUAAAAAACUCAGUUCGUCCUCAAGACCCGACCCACAAACUCAUUCCCAAUAUCUUUGAAAUAAAACCCAAUCUUUCAAACCCAUUUCAGUUUCCAUCUUUUAUACAAACCCAUCAUCAAAAGUUGAUCCAAAAUGAAGCAGAAACCCUAAAAAAGGUUGCUUCUUCUGAAGGAUUCUUGUAUCCAUGUGGGCUUCCCUCACUCAGAUUCUUCCUUCCUGAUGGAGAUGAUACCUCUUCAAGUGAGCCAUUGUUGUGCAUCAAGAGAACAUACCAGCCUAGCAACCUCAGACGCAAAAGGGUUCAUGGUUACCUUGCUCGAAAAGCAACCAAGGGAGGUAGGCGAGUGAUUGCUAGGAGGAUCGCCAAGGGUCGGUUCAGAAUCACAGCUUAAUAAAAUUACGUUUCUUAGUUCUUACCAGGUUGUAAUUCUGUUACUGGUAGAACUUUGGUUCUAUAGCCCAGCCGAAAUAGAUUUCGUUUAGCAUAACUUUUGAACCAAUUGAGGUCAUUGUAGAAAUGAUUUUGAACCAUUGUUGUUUUCUUUAUAAAUAAUUAUUUAUCAUAAGAUGUGAUGUACCAUGUUGUUAUUUGAAGUUAUUGCAAGAAUUUUAGAGAUUUAAGUUA